AGAAAAAACAUUUGACUCUAGGAAAACAAAAAUAAUCCUGCUUGAAGUUAUAGAACUAUUACUUUGUGAAACAUGAAAUUAAUGUUAAACCUGUACAGUUUUUGUAUUUCUUGUAAUAUUAGUCAUUUAUAACUAGUCUGGGAAUUAUUUUUACAAAUGUUUUGAAAAAAAUAGAAAGUAUUGAAAUGUACGACUGCUUCAAUAUGGCAUAUCAGGAUAAUGCAAAUGCUCUGCAAUUACAUAUUGAAAUAAAUAGUGAAAAUUUAUUACCAGUUCCACAAAAGUACAAUGCUGGAUCAUUACGUAUACCAGCUGAUCCUUCUUGGCCUAAAAUACCGCAACGAAAAUUAACUAAUGGUGAUACUAUUGAGCCCCCAUACAUAGUCAAAUUAACUGGAACUCCUAGAAGGAGUCGUACUGUAAUUCAAACACCUUUAAAUCAAUCUCCUAAAUCUUCAAUAACUAAAGAUAGUGCAUACUCUUCUUUUCAUCAUCAAAAAACUGGUUCAAAUAUAUACACUUUAAAACGAUUUCCUGGUUACGUCGAUCCUCGUUUUAAAAAAGUGACAAAUAUUAAGAAGAAUCAAGUUACAUCAACUGAAUCAUUACAAAAAAAAAUGGAUCAAUCUAAUAUUACUACUUUUACAAAACAUUUACGUAGAGAAGAAAUGGAAAAAUUAGUACCUGAAAAGGAACAAAUCAAAAUAGAAGAGGCACAACAACUUCAUAAAGAAAAAAAAAUUGAAUCAAUACGAAAUUAUAAGGAAAAAAAUAUGUUUUAUAACGAUAAAGAAUUAUUUUCAGAACAAACUCACUCUAUAAACAACUCAGAAUUGAAAAGACAAGAUUAUGUUUCAGAAACCGAUAAUAAAAAAGAAACUACAGAACAUGUAAAGAACGUACAUUCUUCUGAACAUAUAUCAAAAUCAACAGUUAAUGACGCUAAUACUCAGGUGGACAUUCCUUAUGUGCCAGUACAAGAAAAUAAUGGACAGUUGUUAUUUGUGUUAGACAAAAAACUGCAAUCACGUCCUUUAAAUGCAAUACAAAUUGAUACAGUCACUGCUCCUCAAGAAUAUAUAAAUCAAUGCUAUAAUGUACAACUUCCAGUUCUUACUUAUCAAAACGUACCAAUGCAAGUAUCUACUACAGGACCAAAUAAUAUACUACAGCAAUGUUUACAUCAUUCAGAAUACAAAAACCAAACUGAAACUUUAAUAAAAAAAGAAUCUGAACAGCACAUUCAUUCAAACCAAGCACAGAAUAAAAACUCGUUUACCAGCACUGGAGAAAAGAAUAUCCAUGAGAAGAAAACUGCAUUGAUGACACAAAAUAGUGUACUUGAACAAAACAAGGAAAGUUGUUUGGAAUCAAAUUUCUCAGAAAAUUCAUCUGUUUCUAGAAAAUUACUAGAUUCAAAUAUUCAGCAAAAGCAACAAGAAUCUAGCGAUUCUGAAUAUUAUGUUCCUAAUAUAAAUAAAAAAAAUGUACAUAAUAAUGUUUUCCAAUGUCUAAAAAUGAAAAAAGUAACAUGUGAUACAAGUGGUGAAGAAACAAUAGAUUCUGAAGUAAUUACAAAGGACAUUAUACUUAACAAAGAAUUCAUUGACAUAAAUGAAUCCAUUCCAAAAAAAAUUAACAAUAUUAAUACUGAUGCUGAGCAUGAUAAUAUCAAAAUCUUAGAUCAAAGUCAUAAUCAAAUAAAUUAUUUAUCAAAAAAUAAUGAAUAUCAUCAGCCAAUACCUCAAUCUAAUGUAACUGUUAAUGAUCAGGAUCAAUCUUUAUACCAAAAUUAUAAAAUAGGUAUCUAUGAGACAAAAGAUAGAAAUAAAUCCGAGCAAUAUUUACUUUCUACAAAAAAUAAAUGUACCAGAAAACUUUAUCACAAUUCAGAACCAUAUAUUACGCUUAAACAAAAAAAAGGAUCAGCAAAAUUUUCUAGGAAAGCUAGAUCAUACUUUCAAAAGAAUUCUCAUUCAGCACAAGUAGAUUCUGAUUAUACUUUAAUUUGGCCUAAUUGUCAAUAUAACAAAUAUAAACGUAAUCAUACAAAUAUUCAUAAAUUGUGUAACCGUAAAACAAGAAAAAAUAGUCAAUAUUUUCAUCCUGGUUCUAUACACAAACGAAACAUGAAUAUACAAAUUGAUAAUGUCUCAAAUUUUAUUGAACAGAAUUAUUUGCAAAACAAUAAACAUAUAGAUUUAAGGCAAGAAAUUACUAAUAGUUUAUCAAAAACAGGUUUGCAAAAAGAAUAUUGCAAAUCUCCAAAAUCAAAUACAGAUGAUAUGUUUGAAAGGUCAAAAGGAAUUUCAUCAAAAACUCAAGAAUUAUUAAAUAAAAGUUACUGGGAGUAUUACAACAGACUGAGGCACAAAAUACAGAAUACAAAUAGUAUUGAGCAGCAGUAUCCAUAUAAUUUGACAAUGGAUGCAACUGAAAAAGGAAAACAAGGAAAAGUAAAUAAAAUACAUUAUAAAGAAUUAAGAAGUCAAUUAAAAAUAAACCCUGAAAUUCAAACGUUACAACAAUGUACAGUCCUUUCCACUAUGAUUAAUAAAGCAUUAGACUCGAAUCUUAAAUCAAAUAUACAAACAAAACAAUUAUAUGUAAAUGACAACAUGAAAACAUUGUCAAAUCAUAUAGUAGAUGCGCAAAAUUCUAAUACAAAGAAGAUUUCACACUUGACAAAUGAUGAACCUGAGUUUAAUAAAGUAAAACGUAAUGCGGAUAAAAUAAACGAUAAACAAUUUUUGGAACUCAAAUCCAUCAUUUUUUUUGGUGGUAUGAUAUAUAUUUUAAUAAUAUUUUUACCAAUGUUGUAUGAUUACUUUUAUUACGACGAAUACGAUGACUACGAAAAUUUAAGUUACUUGGAACUCGUAGUGGAAUAUAUUUUAUCCUCAUUUAAAGAAGCAUUUGGUGGUAUAUUCGACGGUGUGAAACAAAUUUUUUUCUAUACACACGCAUGUAAGAAAUGCACUAAUGUCGCAUAAAAUUAACCGACGACCGUCACAUCGUGCGCAAGUUAAAAAAUAUUUUAUUAUAGUUUGCUUUUUACUUAU